AUGUGGCAAGCCCGCAACGAAAACGGCGUUCCCGCGAAAAAGGUUCCUUUCACUGCUAACGUUUCCGCCGAUUAUUCCGUCUCUCCUGACCUCGGAACGGCAGCGAAGCCGUCAGAACAACCGGCAGCAGAACCAGCAGACGUCACUCCAGACAUUCUGAGGAUGGAUGACGAUUUCGGACACCUGGACGACGUCAAGGCAGCGCAGAGCAGCAACGAGGAAGAUAGUAACGGGGACAAGCACGAGGUGAAGGCUACGCUGGGGCAAGGCGAGGAGCCGAAGCAGUCGGAUGUGACUUUCUACGUCCAAACAGCGUGGAGUGCGUUUGUGUCUGCUCUCGCGGCUGACGACCUUGCGUCGGCCUCGUCUAUCCUGUUCGGUCCCGACGCCGUGACGCUCAUGGCUCCGGGUGCUGACAGCGUGACUCUUGCAACGGAACAGGAGAAGGCAAACCUGCUCAAUGACGCGGCACCUGUUUUCAAAUUGGCACGUUUGGAGGAGGUUCGGGGCCUCACAUCGAUCCUGCCUCGAUCGAUGGGCACACCGGUGUGCCCAACUGUCUUUUGCGAUCGCCUAGACACACCGAGCCUCAAGUGA